GUGGUAGACAAGCCGCGGUCAUUCCUCCCACGCGUUCGAAUAUGACACACAAUCAUACCGUUGCCAAGGUGACCACAUGACAACAAAGUCAUCUCGAUCUCAGCUGCCUUACAGCACAGGUCACGAUAACGCCAUGGCGUCCUUUCAAAGCGACUUUGAAGACUACAGCGAUGGAGAAGAGGCCACGAACCGGGGAAGACUGUCUACAGUCAAAGAGGAGGUGGACGAAGAGUUGAGUGAUUGGGAGUGGGACAGUGAGGAUGAGGAUGAUGAUUUUGAGGAUGAGAAAGAGAAGAAGGGAGAUGAGAAGAUGAAGGUGAGAGAGGAGAAGACAGAGGAGGAAGACAAAGAGAAGAGGAAGAGAGAGGAGGGAGAGAAAGAUAACAACCUGUCACCUCCAUCUGGAUAUUCACGACUGAAUGAAGAUAGGUUACAUGCUGCCCUGAGGCGUGAAAUCCAAGAGCUCAAGGCAAAGCUUGAGGAGAGUAACCGAACAAUCCAGGAGUUAGAAGAGGAAAUAUUGGGGGAAAAGUCCUUUCACAAGGGCAUGUUCUCCAUGAACCAAAAACUGAUGAGUGAUCUGGAAGAGUUGAGAGAGGAAGCAGAAGAGUUGAGGAAAGGGAAAGAUGAUAUAGAAGCCGAAGUUGAAUACGAACAAGAGAAGAAUAUAAAGAUGCAAGACCUCCUUCAGGAGUUGGAAGACGAAAUAAAGGGUGAAAAAGCCUAUCACAGGACCAUGCGGGUCAUUAACGAGAAACUGAACAGAGAGGUGGAAGAGUUGCGGGAGGAAGCAGGAAAGUUGAAGAAAGGAAAAGAUGAUAUUGAGGCCGAAGUUGAAUACGAACAGGAGAAAAAUAUAAAGCUGCAAAACCUAGUGCAUGAGUUAGAGGAGGAAAUACUGGGUGAAAAAGCCUAUCACAAGAGCAUGGGGUCUAUUAUCGAGAAACUCAGCAAUGAUCGAGAAGAGUUGAAGGAGGAGGCAGAAGAGUUUGAGAAAGUGAAGAAUACUCUUGAAGCAGGCAUUAAACACGAACAAGAAAAAAAUGCCAACCUGCAAAGGGAGCUGGAAGGGACAAAGAAUGCUUCAGAGGAAUUUGCAAAAGUGAAGGAAUCUCUCGAGGCCAAGGUCCAACAUGAACAAAAUGAGACUGCACGGCUGAAAAGGAAACUGCAAGAAACUGCAAAGAAUGCAACAGAAGCGUUCGCAAAAGUAAAGGAGUGUCUCCAGGCUAAAAUUCAACAGAAACAAGAAGAAAAUGCAAGUCUAAGAAAGGAACUGCAAGAAACUGCAAAGAAUGCAACAGACGCGUUCGCAAAAGUAAAGAAGUGUCUCCAGGCUACAAUUCAACAGAAACAAGAAGAAAAUGCAAGGCUUAGAAAAGAACUUGAGGAGUCCAAGCUCGCCGAGGAAGAUCGUGUGGGAAAGAGCAAGACCGAGAUGCGAGAUAUGUUUCAAGAAGAGCUGGGGAAACUGGAAAUGUUUCAGUGUGCUUUAAGGGAUGAGAUUGCUGCGUUGAAAAGGGAAAAUGAGGCCCUGGAGCGUUCAGUCAGCUUUCUUUCAGACAAGAACAACAAUCUCACCAGAAAGCUAGAUUUCGCCAAGAAGGCAUACAGCAAGGUUCUGGCGACACUUCAGAAGCUGCAAGAAGAUACAGACCAUAGCAGCACGGCAGAGGACACCGAGGACUCAUCUUCAGUUGAGUCACUGGAGCUGACAAAGGACAACAGCACAGUCACUGAGGAGCUUGCCAACCUCACCCUGGAAAAAGCUGCACAGGAGAAGGAAAUCCUAGAGGCAACUGUGCAGCAGCUGACUUUGGAAAAUAAGAAACAAGCAAAGAUGUUAGAGGAUAGAGAACAGCUGCAGGCUGACCUGGAGACCAGCAAUAAGGCCAUUCAGCUGUAUCUUUGCGCGAGCGAAAAGCUGCUGGCUGAGAAUGACAGGAUAACCAGGUAA